CCAUCCGUUGCGAGUGCAGCUUCCAAUGCCGCCCAGACACCCACUUCAGUCGCUAAGCCAGCGGACAAGCCACUUCCACUUUCUUCGGAGAUAAAGCUGACAGAAAACGAAAAAACAUUCUGCAGAGGAAGACCAUCCUCCUGUGUUUUCGUUGCCAGCUUGGCUGCCAACAGGACCGACGACGAGCUCAGUGUUGCCGUGGCAACUCACUUCCAAAAAUGGGGUGUGCCUUCUACCGUCAAAGUAUUGCGGGACACCUGCAAUCGGCCCUACGCUUUUGUCCAGUAUAGUAACAACUUGGAAGCGAAGCGGGCAAUCAAAUUUGGACACAAUUCAAUAUUGAACGGAAGAAACAUUCGUUGCGAACAAGCUAAGGUAAACAGAACCUUAUUCUUGUCUAGCUUGACUGUUUUCACAGAGAAGGCUAUAGAAAAACACCUUACAGAUUUUGGAGAAAUUGAACAACUUGCUCAGAGUGACCCUGCAGGUGUUCUCGUUGAAUCUCAUUCUGCAAAAGGCUCAAAAGCUUGGUACUGCAAGUUUGUCUACAGGGACGACGCUAUUAGAGCUUUUGCUAAUCUUUCUGAGGGGAAUAAUUUUGAGGUUGAGUGGGCGCAGAAUAUCGACACUUGUAAUAACGAUCCCGAGAUUGAGGAACUAGAGAGUAAGCCUAGUUUCGACAAGUUCUCAAUCUUUGUCGGUCAGCUAAGCCCAAAUAUCAAAGAUAAGGAAUUGAAGGAACGGUUUUCACGCCAUGGGAUGAUUACACAUGUCGAUCUCAUUCGAAAGCCAGGCAACACUUUUGCUUUUGUUAAAUUUGAGGAUGAAUCUAGUGCAGCCAGUGCAGUGGAAAGGGAGAAUCACUCCAUGCUUUGCGGAAAAACUAUGCACGUUCAAUAUCGGGAAACAUUUGUCAACCCAAGCAGGUCUUUUGACAGGGUAAAGGGAAUCGCUUUAGCUCCACCACCAAUAAAUUUGAAUAGAAGGUAUUCCAACACAAGAAACGAAAAGCCC